CCGGAGCCUGGGCGGAGAGGGAGGAAAACUUCUUCCUGGCCUGGGCUCCCGGCCGCUCCGUCUGCCAGCCCUGCGGUCCCGCCCACCGGCGCCUCCCCCGGCUCCCCAGUGUCCGCCAUGGCCAAAGCCUACGACCACCUCUUCAAGUUGCUGCUCAUCGGGGACUCGGGGGUGGGCAAGACUUGUCUGAUCAUUCGCUUUGCAGAGGACAGCUUCAACAACACCUACAUCUCCACCAUCGGAAUUGACUUCAAGAUCCGCACUGUGGAUGUAGAGGGGAAGAAGAUCAAAUUGCAGGUCUGGGAUACAGCUGGCCAAGAGCGAUUCAAGACGAUAACCACUGCCUAUUACCGUGGAGCCAUGGGCAUUAUCCUAGUAUAUGACAUCACAGAUGAGAAAUCCUUCGAGAAUAUUCAGAACUGGAUGAAAAGCAUCAAAGAGAAUGCCUCUGCUGGGGUAGAACGCCUGCUGCUGGGGAACAAAUGUGACAUGGAGGCCAAGAGGAAGGUGCAGAAGGAGCAGGCUGUCAAGCUGGCUCGGGAGCAUGGGAUCCGAUUCUUCGAGACAAGUGCCAAAUCCAGCACAAAUGUGGAUGAGGCUUUCAGUUCCCUGGCCCGGGACAUCUUGCUCAAAUCAGGAGGCCGGAGACCGGGAAACAGCCACAAGCCCCCUGGCACUGACCUGAAAGCUUGUGACAAGAAGAACACCAGCAAGUGCUCCCUCGGCUGAGGACCCUAGGCCCGGAGGCUGAACCUGAGGGAGGCAGGGCUGUGGGUGGGCAGGGGAGAAACAGCAGGUGGGACUUGGAGGGGCUAGAGGUAGGUAGAUGGUGGAAGAGUAGGGAGCAAAUGGAGAAGAACACGGGAAGGCAAGAGAAGGAAAGUAGGUAGACUAGAGAGGGAAGGAGAGGCAAAGAGGAGAGAGAGGCGAGGGAAUGAAAGGAGAUGAGGGGGUAGGAAGAGACGGGAGAAGGAAAGAACCGGCCCUGGGGGUCAGACCUUCCCUGGGCUUUUAGGGCAGACAUAAAUGUAAAUAAACAGUUGAUUUGUUGUUACUGGAUCAGGUUUUAGGAUCAGGUUGUGUGAGAGGUUGGCUCACCUCACCCUCUAGGUUUGACCCCAUGACUCUGCAUGGUCUUGCUCACCCACACAAAGGUCCCUGGUUUGGGUGACUUUCAUCAUCAGACCUCAUUCCUACCUCUAAGGUGGUUGGGCUGCCAGAAUCGGGCUGGGUUCCUGUGACACCAGGACCUGUCCCUGAAUGGGUGAAGAAAAGACCAAAGAGGUCCUCUGAACCUGGAGGUCUGGACAUCCUCUUUCCAUGAUGGGGUUUAGAGGAUCCUUAUGGGCAAAGCCUUGCCUGGCUUCCAGAGGACUCUUAGGCCUUCCCAGGGGAGUGACAGCUCUAGACUCGAGGAAAUAACAGGACCUGGUAUUGUUUAUCCUGUGAUUUCUUCAAGCAUCUCUGAUUCCGCCAGCAAUCCUUUUAGGUAGCUGGUAGGCAUUAUUUUCCACUUUUAUAGAUGAGGAAGAUGAGACACGGAAGAAGUUCAUUUAGUCAUAAUCUUUUUUUUAAGUAUUUAUUUAUUAGAGAGAGGGCGCGCACGCACAAGGGCCGAGUGGGAGGGGGAGAAGCAGGCUUCCCGCUGAGCAGGUAAUCUGAUGCGGAGCUCAAUCCCAGGACCCUGGGAUCAUGACCUGAGUCGAAGGCAGAUGCUUCACUGACUGAGCCACCCAGGCACCCUAGUCAUAAAUCUUUUUUUUUUUUAAAGAUUUUAUUUAUUUAUUAGAGAGAGAGAUCACAAGUAGGCAGGCAGGCAGAGGAAGAGGGAGAAGCACGCUCCCUGCUGAGCGGGAAGCCUGAUACGGGACUCGAUCCCAGGACGCUGGGAUCAUGACCUGAGCUGAAGCUUAACGACUGAGCCACCCAGGCACCCCCGAGUCAUAAAUCAUUUUUUUUUUUAAGAUUUUAUUUAUUUAUUUAUUUGAGAGAGAGAGAGAAAAACAGCAUGAGAGGGGAUAGGGUCAGAGGGAGAAGCAGGCUCCCUGCCGAGCCAGGAGCCCGAUGUGGGACUCGAUCCCAGGACUCUGGGAUCAUGACCUGAGCCGAAGGCAGUCUCCCAACCAACUGAGCCACCCAGGCGCCCCCGAGUCAUAAAUCUUUAUUGAACAUUUAGUUUGUGCCAAACACAAUGGUCAAGUUUGGGUGGAACUUACAAGAAGAACAAGCAAAUUUUAACAAAAACAGCUCCUAAGUACUGUAUAAGAAAGAGGCAAACUGCAGGCAUGCAAAAGAACGACCACCCAAAUACUCAGGCUUGAGGCAUAGUCCCCAUAAACAUACACAGCCCCCUUGGACCCUUGCACAGUAGUUUCUAAACAGCAGAAUUCUCUCACAGAUGACGUUUUAUCAGGAUUAAUGAAAAUAUCACAUUUGGCUUACACAAAAUACCAUUAGAAGUUUAAUUUACAGAUAGGAAGUUCAAGGCACUUCAGGAAUCCCCACACUUGUGGCAUGGAAAUGGAUGGCACAACCUGGGGUCAGCAGCAAAGCUUUCUGUGCUGCUGUUUGUUGGUAAAACACAACACCAGGAAAAAGCCUGACCGUGCUGGGAGAAGAACUGCGGAAUGACUGGAUACAUGUGUUACCAAACUUCUAUGGAGUAAAGAUCAGGCCCAGGCUCUGUAGUCAACGAUCCAGCUGGUGUGCUUUGCUCAAGGUUAUGAGGAAAGGCUUGCAUUUUGUGAAUCCCAGGAAGAACACUGACUGACAUAUUCAUCACACCCCAGAGCAGAUGUUUUAAAAUCCAGUUUCAGUGAAGAGACCUACUCAGUUGCUUGGUACACCUAUAGGAAGUGAGAGCUUACAACUCUCAUAGCUUGUCAAGAGACGUGGUCAGGUUUGAUAAGAAGUAGUAACAGGACGCUAGAAGAUUUCAGCCAAACUUUCCUAAAAGCUACUGGAAAAUACUCACACCUACUUCCUGUAACAUACAACUAUUGACAUGCACAAACAGUACCUUAAAGGAAUGAGCAAAUAGUCACAAGAAAAGUAAAGCUCAGGCUCAACUCCCACCUAAUAAUGACCUUUCCACAGUCUGAUUGUUUCUGCUCUUGAGGGGCCAGCUCUACAUCUGAUGGGAAGACAGAAUUCAUGGGACAUAGCACUGGUUAUAGUUAAUCCUAAAAUGAAGUGCUGUAGCCCUUAGGGCUGUGGGGUGGAGGGAGCAGCUGUUGUAUUUAGGCUAGGAAGACUUCUUGAGACAGGAGAAUGUGGGGUAGGGCUAACAAAAAAGUCUGGGGACAAGCCCUUUCAUCUUGAGAAGUGGGGGACAGAUUACUAUUAGUGACCAUAUUUAUAUGAAUUUAAGUACCUCCUUGAACUUACACGGUCUGAUUGUCUGGGAGGCUGUAAACCUACGUAUAUGUAAAAUUAGGAGGAAAAGACAGGCAGAGUUCGGUAGUGAACCCAGAGUGCAGGCCAAGUCUCUGCAAUUCUGGGUACAUCCGUAUGGAGGUUUCACUCCACGUGGCUGGAAAGCAGGGAUGAAUCUUUGGCCUUGGAAUUGAACGUCUGGGCUCUCCCACCCACUCGCUGGGUGACCUUGGAAAUCACUUCUACGCGGAACUUACAAAAUAGGGACAACACCGGACACCUCAGGAUUACUGAAGACCAAAAUGACCUCAGUGUUGAAUUCAAAAGUAGGAUAGUAAUGGGACCCAAUGCAAUCAGAGGAUAAAGGAGAUACUUAACGACACAGUUCAUUCGCAUCUCGCCGAAAACCCCCGGCAACUGCGCGUUAACCUUUCCGUUUGAGAGACCCCUGGGAGGCGGACGGCGCCGGCAGGUCCCGCCUCGAUUCUUCCCGGGACUCCCACGGGCGGGAGCCGGAGGGCGGAGGCCGGAGGAGCUCCUCAGAGCCCCAGAGCCCCAGAGCCGGGGGCAGGCGGGAAUCAGCCGGGCCCGGGCGCCGGCGUCUCGGCCGGGGCGCGGGAGCCCCUCCCCUCGGGGCCGGGGUAAGGCCCCGCGUGCGGCGCAGGGAUUACGCAAAAAAAUUGCUGAAGAAUAGACGAGCACGCGAGAAGACGACUCCGCGCCUCGGGAGGAGAAGGCGCGGUGUCGCCUCGCCGCCGGGACCGUCGGGGCAGGACGUUCUCGGAGGCAGCGACGGACUGCCCCUUCCGUGCCGCUGCUCACCCCGCCCGGAACGGGCCGACGGGCGACUGCCCGGGGCGCCCCGCACCACAGAGGCCCGGGGCGCAGCGGACCCCGGCGAGCGGCGCGAGCCCGGCCCGCGGGCGCCAGCCGGCCGCUACCCGCGCGCCUGCGCCGAGCGGCCCGGCCGCGGGAACCCUCCCGGUCCCGGCAUCCCCCGCGGCUGCGCGUCUCCCCCACGCCGUCCGCGGGCCCGGCAUCCUCCGCGGGGAAGACGGCCGCGGCGGGCACGGCCCCGGCGGGGACGGGGCGCUAGGCCGUACGCCCCGCCGCCUGUCCCGAGGGCCGUGCGGGCCCGAAGAAGCGAGCUCACGGCCCAGUCCCACACAUGCGCGCUGGCUUCUCUUGCCGUGGGCGUGGGGACGUCCCAGUAGUGCCUUUGCCCUGAUAGGCAGCCCCAGCACUUCGCAGCCGUGACCUGAACCCCCCGGAGGCUGCCGUGUGAGCGCUCCGACGGAGGCUCAAGGCCGGUCAAGCAAGUCCCUCCGUCCCGGCCCGCGCGACACCGAGCCCUCCAUGCCUGCGGGCGGACAGAGGCGGGGCCUCCCCCAGGGCAGCCACCUCUGCUGGUUGCUCUGCGUUUUCACCUUAAAGCUCUGUGAGCACCUCAAAUUUGCCGUGCUGGCUGGUGGAAGAAUUUGUGGUGGCGGAAGAAUGUGCUCAAUGUUCUAAUUUCCAGGCU